UUCGCCCAAAAACUCUCCCUUGACUGGGGCAACCCUGGCUUACUCUCCAGCCAUCUGCACUAGAUCGAGCAGAGGCAGAAGAGUAGAGAGGAGCAUGUUAGUGUCUUUGUAGUCCCACCUUCAUUACGGCGCCACCUCUGAUCUCACGGACGGCGGAGCUGGCACCUCUGCUUCCAGGGCUGAAGGGUGUCCCGCUGUCAUUCUAGAAAGAGGCUACUCAUACCUCCACAAAAGAGAAGUUUCUGCCAGAGACACACCCAAGUCUUUCACCAAGCGGAGGGCACUCCCUCUCUCUUUCCUUGUUGAACCGACACUAUGGAAACAGCAUAGUUCUCUCUCAGAAGGCAGCCUGGCACACUCAGAAGAGUGGUGCCAUUUGGCUGCAGAAGCCCCCAAGGUGCCCCCCUCUGCCAGGGAGCUUUCUCAGACGAGCCGCCUGCGGUCUGCAGCCUGGGAGAGAUGGUCUCAGGCACUGUGGCAGUGGCACCCCUUGCCAAGAAUGUGGUGGUCUUUCGCAACGGGGAUCCCUUUUUCCUUGGCCGGAAAUUUGUGGUGAGCCGCCGCCGGUUCCUGACUUUUGAUGCCUUUUUGAAUGAAGUGACCAGCACCGUCCAAGCCCCCGUGGCCAUUAGGAGCAUCUACACGCCUCGAGGGGGUCAUCGCAUCAUGGAGCUGAGCGAGCUGCAGAACGGCUGCCGAUACGUCGCUGCGGGUUUUGAGCGGUUCAAAAGGCUUGACUAUGCAAAUGUUGGAAUGAAGCAGCUGAACCAGCACCAGAAAAAAAAUGGAGCCCAGAAUUAUCCAGGUGUUCCUCAGAAGGUGAUGGUUACGGCAGGAUGGAAGCGGCAAACGAACCUUCCUUGUGUCAUCUACGUUUUCCGCAACGGAGACCUGCUGAGCCCCCCCUUUCGAAUGGUCCUGGCCAGGAGCGCCUUGCAGGAAUGGGGCAUCAUCCUCAGCCGCUUGUCAGAAAAGGCAAAUUUGCACACUGGAGUGGUGAAAAAGAACUUUCCUGCUAACAGAAGGAGCUACAAUCAGGAGGUGGUCUCUGAAGACGUAGCCAGCGACUCGGCACUCCUUGAGCCGGCGCAACAGCUGAAACCUUGGCGGGUGCAUUCCACAGGGAUCAUGCCUGCAGGAGACCCUCCACGUCCCUCUGAGUCCAGGGCAGCUAAGAAAUAUCCUCACCAAGAUAAAGCGACAUCUGUCUUCCAUGCCAAGCCAAGCCAGGUCAGACAAGUGAGCCAGGGCCCUGGCAACUAUUCUGCCCAAGAAGAUGAAAGUGUUUAUAAAAGGAGAGGAGGAAGGCAGGAGAUGGCGGAUGCGCAGGAAAUUGGAGAAGAUGAAAACACGCAGGUUGAAUUGCCUGUAGACCAGAAAGCUGCAGAGAUUGUGGAAGAGGAAGUUAUAUCAAAGAUCGAAGGAAGGCCAUCCAAGAAGGGGUUGUAAGUGGGACAGAAGCUUCAUUUGCAGUCACCGAGGAGAAGCUCUCGUGGACCCGAGAAGUGAUUCUAAUGAAACAGGCCAAGCAAGUUUGCCGGAGGGAAUGUCUUGAACCAAAUGUGUGGUAGUUUUGUGCAAUUUUUGUCUACAGAAUUUGUUCUUACAAUAAAU